CUUUUUGUCAUCAUCAUCAACAUCAUCAUCACCAUAAUAAUCAGUUAGCAUCAUUAUAAAGAAAAAAAAAUGCAAACACAAAAAUACUAGUCCAUCAAAACUGCCAACUUUUUUUUUUUUUUUUUUUUGAUUCAAAGAACUAAGAAAAAAUUAAUUUCGGGAUCCAAUCCCCCUGAUCAAUAUUCAUAUCAUUUAUAUUUUAUUGCGCCAAUUAUUGUCUUUCGUGAAAUUUAGUGUUUUUUCCCCUUCUAGUUUUCUAGUUUUGCAGAACAUUUAGACUGGACAAAUUCCAAAUCCAUCGUUUGAUCGAUCAAUCAAUCAAUCAAUCAAUCAAUCGAAACAAGAUGCAACGUUUUCAAGUGAUAAAAAUUUUCAUCUUUUUCAUUGUCAUGGCCACAAUGAUCGAAUCGAUAGAGCCACAAUUAUUUUAUCCAAAUCAAUCACGAUCUCCAUAUGCUAUUGAUAAUAUUCGUUGGGAUUGUCAUUUUGAGGUGGAUGCUUGUCAUUUUCGUAAUCAACAUAAUCUUGCUCAAUUCAAUCGAUAUUAUAAUCCACGACAACCAUUGUUUGGACGUCGUGGAUUAUUGUUGUUGAAUUUACGUUCACCACGUGUACAACGUUAUCCUGGUGCUAGAUUGAUCACCCAUUAUUAUCCGGCUGCACAAUCAAAAGCCUGUAUAUUUCUAUCAUAUUAUACUACUGGUGAUGGACCACAAAGUUUUUUCGUCAUACAACAAGAUAAAGAGAAUAAAUGCAUUUUUGCUGACCACGAUGUUCAAAAUAAACCGAAUCAAUGGAAUGAAAUUGAAAUCCAAUUGGACCUAAGUGAUGGUGAUCCACGUUUCUUUUUGGAAACACAUUUUCAACAAGGCAAAUUUGGUUUCUUUGCCAUUGAUAAAUUUUCAUUUGGUUAUGGCCAAUGCAAAAAUCCUUCACCAAAUUAUUGUUAGAAAAAUUUUCGCUUCCAAAAAAAACUAUAAUCUAACUUAUUAGUCACCAAAAAAACAAAACAGAGAAAACAGAUUGAUUUGUAUCAAUAAUGAGAAAAUUCCAAACACACACACACACUUUAACGAUCACUAGCCAAUUAAUUCUUACACACACACAUUCAUUAUUGCCAUAUCUUAAUGGAUAAAAUUUAAAAAAAUUUCAUAUCGAAAACCUAA